CAGACGCUCAUAUGAAAUCCUAACCUCCGUUGUCUAUGAUUCUCGUUAGCGUCUCUAUGAAGUUUGAACGUAUCUCUUCCUCAUUCAACUAAAAUUUAACAAAAUCCACGAGAAAGGUAAAUUAGCAACAAUGUCCGGAGGCAUGUUAUACGGAGGUGACGAAAUCGGAGCACUGGUCUUUGAUCUCGGUCAUCAUUCUUUACGAGUUGGCUAUGCUCAAGAAGAUACUCCUAAAGCUGAGAUACCAGCGGUAGUUGGUAUAGGCGAAGAUGCCAAUGGAAUAGCAACCAAAACGGAACCCAUGGACAUAGACGACAAAAAACCGGAUAGUAACGUUACACAAAGUGGGAAUAAGUACUACAUUGACACGACGAUCCUCCACGUUCCACGAAAGAACAUGGAGGUUGUCAGUUACAUGAAGGAUGGAAUGAUCGAAGACUGGGAUCACUUUGAAAAGGUCCUAGAUUACACGUAUUCAAAAGUAAUACAGUCGGAUGCCGAGUACCACCCAGUGCUGUUCUCGGAAUGUCCUUGGAACAUUCGAAGUAAACGAGAAAAACUAACCGAGUUAAUGUUUGAAAAAUAUAACGUGCCAGCUUACUUCCUCGUAAAGAACGCAGUAUUGGCUGCCUUCGCCAACGGCAGAGCUACUGGUAUCGUCGUUGACAGUGGAGCUACUCACACAUCCGCCGUGCCAGUGCAAGAUGGCUUCGUCCUCACCCAGGCCGUGGUCAAGUCGCCCCUCGGAGGAGAUUACAUCAGCAUGCAGUGUAGACAGUUUUUACAAGAUAACGACAUAGAUUUAUCGCCCUCGUACAUGAUCGGCAGCAAAGAAAUCGUGAAGGACCACGACAAACCUCGAUGGGUUAAGAAGAAGGGCUUACCGGAGGUGACCAAGUCCUGGCACAAUUACAUGGUGAAAAAAGUCGUGCAAGACUUCCAAGCGACGGUGCUACAAAUAUCGGAGACCCCGUUCGACGAGAAAAUUGUCUCGACCAUCCCCGCGGUACAGUACGAGUUUCCCACCGGUUACCACCAGGAUUUCGGCAGCGAGAGGUUCCGGAUGCCGGAGGCACUUUUCGACCCGAGCAUGGUGCAGAUGCGGGGCGGAAUGGUCGGCAACACGAUGCUCGGAGUGGGUCACAUCGUAACCACCAGCGUCGGCAUGUGCGACGUCGACGUAAGACCCGCUCUCUACGGUAGCGUGGUGGUCACCGGAGGCAACUCUUUCAUCCAGGGUUUCCCGGAGCGCCUAAAUCGCGACCUCUCGGUGAGAAUCCCGUCGAGCAUGCGCCUCAAGUUGAUCAGUGCCAACGGGUGCGCGGAGAGGCGGUUCGGGGCGUGGAUAGGAGGUUCCAUUCUGGCCUCGAUCGGCACCUUCCAACAGAUGUGGAUCUCCAGCCAGGAAUACGAGGAGAGUGGGAAGAGUCAGGUGGAGCGCAAGUGUCCUUGAGUCCGGACAGCAGAGGAACGAGACCUGACGACGUGCAGAGAGAACGGGCUUCGCUUCUCUCUCGAGGCAUCUACUUGUGAAGUAAGCAAGCAGGGCCGAAGGUACAUUCUACUUGUCCACCUACGUAAUA